ACACAUAAUUAAUACUUAAAGUCUGCAAGUGUCUUCUUUUAUGUUAUGUGAGUGAAGGUUUGAAAUAUUAAUUCCUCAUUUUACAUGGAAAAUUUACGUGCCAUAUUAAUUUUAAUUAAGUUUAUCUUCCUUUGCUUAUUACAUCAGACGAUAUUUUAUAUCACCGAAGAGUGAAAGAUUGCAUGUACAUUCAAAAUGUUCAUCAUUUAGUUUUGUAUUGUUGACAGUUUUUAGCUGUCACUUGUGUGUGUUGUAUGAAUUAUUGUAUUCAGUUUUCAUUCGUUUUCACUAUGUACUUUAUUUUUUCCUCCACUUUGAUUUACAAUUUUACAUAUCGUCUGUAAAGGAAAUGUAGUUACAAAUAACAUGUUGCUAACUGUCUAUUUUCAAAUCCACGAUUUUUGUUACAUAUGAAUUAAUAUUUUAUGUUAGAUAAACGCGACUGUUAAAACUGAUUCGUAAUAUCGUAUCAGAAAAUAAACAGAUGCGAAAAUACUGUAAAGUUAUUGUUCACAAAAGCUCUUAAAGCUUGCUAUUGGAAAUUUAUAAAACAACAGUCCGAGCUUUUGGUUAUGUAAAUGUUAUUGCCUUUCCAUAGCAGAUGCAGCUCUUACUUCUCACUAGUGAUAUGAUUAAGCCGACGUAUUAACAUGGAGGCACAACCGAAUGAAUGUUUUUCUAUAGACAACUGUACCUUAAACGGAACAUUGAAUGAGACAUUGUUACGGGCAUUUUUGGAAAGGCACCUCCUCGGCAAUAGAAUAGAAGACAAAAGUGUUGCGCUUGGAUUAGUUAUUUUGUAUGUACCGACAUUUUUGGCGGGACUAAUUGGUAAUGGGCUCCUGGCUUUGGUGAUAUUUGCUCGAAGGAGAUUUCGGAAUAUAACCAACCUGUUGUUGUGUAAUCUGGCUUGCGCUGACUUGUCAGUAACAAUAAUUUGUAUCCCUGUGGCGGUUGGACAGGCAUUGUACAGGAUAUGGCUUUAUGGAGAAUUUAUGUGUAAAAUGACAGGAUUUCUUCAAGGUGUAACAGUGGCUGCCAGUGUAUUCACCAUUGCACUUCUUAGCAUAGACCGAUAUUUAGCCAUAAGACACCCAAUGCUAUUCCGACGUCUCAGCACAAACGCCGUGGCAAUUAAACUCAUACUGAUUGUAUGGUUGCUGUCCAUAGCACUUAUGGUUCCCCUUUUGAUUGUGAGAGAAAUUUCAGUGAUGGAUAUCAUUCCUACCGAACCUGUAUAUUUUUGUGGAGAACAUUGGUCAGACGAUGCCCAGCGACAGCAUUAUGAUUUAGCACUGUUUGCAAUAGUUUAUAUAAUACCCGGUUGUAUUAUAUGUACUUGCUAUGGACUAAUAGGAAGUGAACUGUUUAAUGAAAACAAGGAUCUGAAACGGACGGAGUCCGCCACAAGUCAAGUAAUGGCCAAACAGAUGAUGAAGGGCAGAAAACGAGUGGCAAAAAUGUUGAUAGCUCUUGCUGUGCUCUUCGCAAUCUGCUGGUUACCAUAUUACUGCGUUAGUCUUUAUCUGGAUUUUUAUCCUGAGCACACACAUCUGCUUGUAGCAUUGCCUUACACUAUUUUUCUUGGACAUUCCAACAGUGCCUUAAAUCCAAUUUUAUACUUCUACUCCAGCAAAAGUUUCCGCUGUGUUCUACUGAGAAUGUUCAAGUGUAGACGUCGAAGAUUUAAGCCUGCCCGACAGGAAAAUAUGAUAGUGCGAUGUACACGAAAUAAUCCAAACACAACAACAGCUCUAACCAGACGACCCUUCGUCCGGAUGUUGUCCACAACCAAACCUGCAUCAAGAUUUUCCCGAUCGAGCAAUAACAGUCUUAAGUCAACAUCGGGAUCUAAUCGCACGAGUUUCAAGUCAACAACAUCGACAAGAAUAUCUAACAGAAAUAAUGAUUUCUAUAACCAACAGAGAAAUUAUAAAGAUAUGUUUCGAAAGGAACUUAUCAAUGAUCAUGUAUGUGAAAAGAAGAUUCCUAUUUCAAGACAUUGUCAUGAAGUUUUGAUAAACCAACCAACUUUUCAAAAUCAAAAUACUGAUAACGAUAAAGCAUACCACAAGAAAUCUUUUAUGGAAGCGACAAUAAGCAUUCCAACAACGAUAAAUGAAGAGAGCAGUCGCAUGAAUUCUAUUAUUCCAAUGCCAAAAAUAACACCAGCUCCUAGUAUGGACGCCAUUAACGAAGAAUCUUCAGUUUCAUCAAGUACAAAUAAAGACAAAAAUAAAAUUGAAAUGUUAACGUUUGCUGUAAUAAGUAACACAAAAUCAGGUGAUGAGAGUUCACAGACCGCUUUAAAAGAUAUUACUGACCUGGAAUCCGCACAAAUACAGCUUGACACUGGUAUAAAAGUCACAAUCAGUACAGAAUAAAUCUCAUUGUACAGUGUUUUAGCUGCUAAAAGUUCGUGUUUGUUUGUCUCUAUACCUUUCGUAUAUCUGAAGUACAUGGGCCUCUAAACGUAGUUAAAUUAAAGAACAAAGAAGGAUGUUUCAGCUUAAAUCAGUUUUCGUAGAAGUCUCUAGCUUCUAUUAAAAGCUUAAAAGAUACAUGUCGCGGGACUCGUGUUUCCAUGGUAACAUAUUUUUUUCAUGUUUAAAGGCAAGUAAAAUUCAUUUGCUCCUCGUCGCUGCUUGUUUAAAAUAGACAAAAAAAUGGAAACUCUACAAGUCGCUCAACACGACAAAAAUGAAAAUGUUGCAGGCUCGGUUAUGGACGGAAGUAGAAAUGCAUGCUACCGUCUAUGAAACCUUACUUUAAAUGAAGAAUACUUUCAUGACAGGCAGCCACCCAGUCGGCUUUCGGACGGUCGUUAAAUCCUACUAAGUGCCGUUCUGCAAUAAUGAUCGGAUGAGCACCUGAAGUCUUCCUACAUUCAAAACAGUGUUCUACUGAUAAAUGGACGAUUUUAGCAGAUUAUUUAGCACAUAAAUAUCAAAUUGUCAGUGAAAUAGGAAAAUACGACAAUAUUACAAAUUGAACGUGGUUUGCAAGUUAUUUCGAAGUAGCACGGGCUGUUUAAGUAAGUUAACGCCACUGUACAAAAACGUUCACUUUGUAGCAAAUGUUGCCGUGUACUCUUAACAUUUACUUCCGCUAUGACAUGCGCACAUUAACAUAUUAUGGUAUAAUCUUAAGGUUGCUGACUUUGAAGUACUUAUUCCAAUGUCUUGUUAUUGUCAUUGAACGAAUAAAAUUAUUUGUUUUUUAAAUUCCAUCAAAUACAUUUUGUUCCCUGA